AUGGGGACUCCGCUGGUGUUCUCGGAAAUCCAGAUCACGACCGCGAUCGGCGCGUCUCUAAGCUUCUCCUGGUUUUUCUACUUCCCGUUCCAGCUCGUACAGUCACCGUGGGGAAGCCACCCGUGUGCGACAUCCGACGGAGCUUAUCCCGACGAGACGUUGGGACUGCCCUCGUCAACAACCCAGCCAGUGGAUCUCGCUUGGAAUCUUGUCCAGCUGGCUUUGGGAUCGCAACAACUCAACCUGACCUCCCCCGGCGAGCUCCAGCUGCAGCUGAAAGAACCGGCUGCAGCCGCGGCGCAGCGCUAUCUCACGGUCGCUAAUCGCCAUGGGACGUCCGACAACGAGCUCGUAUGCUCGCUAGGUGGAAUGGACGCACUGAUGCUGGAGGCUCGCUACCACAUCAAUGCGGGCAGCUUGCGAGUAGCAUGGCUGAUAUUCCGUCGGCUAUCCGCAGCGGCUCCAGGGUGUGAAUCGUAA